GCAUCAGACAACAAAAGCAAAACUUAUGUCACUGUGCAUCUUUUUCUGGAGAUUAUAUGGAUUCACUCUCUCAGUUUCACAGACGUGUGUCAUCAUCGUGUGAACAGGAAGGAUGUGGAAAAUGAUGAACAACUCCGUCUCUCUAUAUAGGGUUAAGAUUGCAGGUCUCUGAGCUGUCACUUCAUAUCACAUCACAACAAACUGGCUGGAAGAAUCUGAGCAAAGUGGCAUCUUCCGAACUGAACUGAGCUGUGGAGGAAAUGAAACUCGAACAGAAAAACUGGGAAAUCAUAGACAAUCACAUCUGCACUAUGGAUCUCGGGUUAUUCCAGGCUUUGGAGAGAGAAAGAGUCCUGGAGGUUCUUCAGAGAGACAAAGCACUUCGAACCAUUGAAGCAGACAGAAUCAGGAGGCUGAAGGUAGAACUUCAGGGUAUCUGUCGACAGGGUGCCAAGGCCAUCACGCGUCCCUAUGGUCAGAGAUCAUGUGCACGCUGUCAGCGGCUUCUGGGAAAGUUCUGGGACUGUGGUUCAGUGUGCUGCGGGUGCAGCCAUCGCAUCUGUAAGUGCUGUCGGGUCGUCUGGUCUGCACAGGAGUGGAAGUGCACAAUGUGUCAUGCAUACAGGGAAUUUAAGAUCAAAUCUGGUGAAUGGUUUCUGGAACAGCAAGCAAAGAAAUUUCCGGAUGUCAGAGAAAACAGUCAUGAAACCAUCGGAGACAAACUAUUACAGUCUUAUCAACGUCUCAGCUUUAUUGCAGUCGUGCCUCCAACUCCUCCUCCUGUUUAUGAAGCCUCAUCAUAUAACAGAUUGAUUCAUUUAACAGAACAGGACCUCAAAAAAUCAAAGCCAUUUACUAAAUCUGUGGAGAACCUGAUGGUGUCUGUCAGUGCUCACAUAAAAAAGUUCUCCAAAUCUCAGAAUGAUCUGAGUGUGGAAGCGGGUCAGCUGACCGUGGAUCAUGGGCUGCUGCAGAACUCAAGACACAAGAGCCGAUCAGAGAGUGCCAUCAACAAAGCCAAUCUGUGCAAAGCACCAAGUCUUCCCAAUCUAUCCCAGAACAGCAGAGGCACAGAGCAGUAUGCUUCAACAAGUACUCUUUACCUGACAGAUGACGACGCUUCAUAUACAUCUGCAUACAGCGAUGAGCAGAGGGACAGCAACAGUAGCACAGGAAUGGAUUGUGGGAUCUUUGAAAACACUAGUGUGACCGGAGAAGUAGAGGUUGCCUUCGGUUACAACAACAGGACAUCCUGUUUGGAGAUAACUAUCAAAGCCUGCAAAAAUCUGAUGUUUGGAGAUAUGAAGAAGAAAUGUCAUCCGUAUGUAAAGGUCUGUUUGCUUCCAAAGAAAUACCAUGAUUAUAAGAUGAAGACAGCAGUCAAGAGGGGAAAUAACCCGGUUUACAAUGAAACCUUUACUUGUGUGGUUGCUGCUGAGCAGCUGGGCAGCAGUGUAGUUCAGGUGUCAGUGUGGCACUGCAGGGGACUCAAGCGGAAGCUCUUUCUGGGAGAGACACUCAUCCGUCUGGCUGACUUGUGUCUGGAGAGCACAGACACUCAGCGCUCUGUCUGCUACGCACUCGGUCCAAAGCAGGGUCAUCCACUAGGUGGCGACGUCGAGCUGCUGCUUAAAGCUCAGUUCCAAUUCCUGCCACAGAUUUACCCACAUACAGCCGACCUUUUGAUUGGAGCAGCUGGACAGCUCAAAGUCAUCAUCACUGACGUGUCGAAGCUGCGCUUUCUGUCGAAAACAGCUUACAUUGAAGGGUGA